AGACGCCCGGAACAGCAGAGUUGCUCUGUUUGACGGCAUUGAAGAGGGAGGCAUCCGGGCAUCAUCACUUUACUCCUCCUAUAAUGAAAUUGAUGAACAAGAUAACGAGCGAGCAAUGGGUGGAUUGCAAGAUAGAGUCAGUUUGUUGAAAAGAAUCUCAAGUGAUAUACACGAGGAGGUGGAUAGUCAUAACCGGAUGCUGGACCGCAUGAUUUGCAUAUAACUAUAAAAAAUAUUUACCAUUUGCACUGCUACUUUUUUGUUAUUCUUUGAUAAAAUAUUGGUAUUUGUUUAGGGGAAUGACAUGGAUUCUUCAAGAGGAGUUCUUUCAGGAACUAUGGACAAAUUCAAAAUGGUCUUUGAGAAAAAAUCCAGCCGAAGAACGUUUUCACUUAUAGCAUCCUUUGUUGUGCUUUUUCUUAUAACAUACUUUUUUAUGUUGUAAUUCAGGCCCGUGAAUUCCUUUCCAAAUGGGGUGAUCUCAGCCAGACCCAAAUUUUUGCUAAGAUUGAAAUGCUGAGGGCCUGACCCAUUUUGAUGAGAUUCUACGACAAGCUGAUGGUAUUAUCCAAUCUCAUGGUAAUUUGGGCAUUGAUCUUCCACCAGAGAAGGUGUUCUUAUUUCGAAAAUCUACCCUAUACAAGUGUAAUAUGGCUGGAAAACCUGCUGUACUUACACGUGUUGUGGAUAGUAUGACUGACAACUUAAGACCCACUCGUGCUGAAGCCACUGAUGUUGCCAAUGCUGUUUUGGAUGGCAGUGAUGCAAUACUUCUAGGUGCUGAGACCUUGCUUGGGUUGUACCCUAUUGAGACUAUUUCCACUUUUGGCAGAAUUUGUUCAGAGAGAUUAAAGGAGAUUAACAGUUGGCGAUGGGGUUCUAGAAGUAUCUUUGGAGUUCAGUUCCUGUGCACUGUUGUUUUUUUCCUUAUUAGUCAAGAAACCGCUCAUUCUUGCUCUCUCCAAUCCAACAUCUCAAUCUGAAUGCUUUGGCUGCACAAGUGUCACAGGAGAACUAUGAUAAAUGACUGAUUUACCCUCCAUUCUCAAAUAUCAGAAAGAUAUCAGCACAUAUUGCUGCUAACGUGGUAGCAAGGCAUAUGAACUUGGUCUUACUUCUCAUCUACCUCGACCUAAGGAUCUUGUUAAAUAUGCAGAAAGUUGCAUGUACAGCCCAGGCUACAGAAACUACUGUUGAGAUUUUUGAACCAUAUUAUAUCAUGUUUUGUUUAGUUUAGUUUCAAAGGCUACAAACUAUGAUUCAGACCAAAGCUUGUGGCAGCUUCAUGAACUAAACCAAGCAGAACAUAUUAGUAGUGUGCUCUCCGCAGUUUUACAGUUUUGAGAUACUUGUUAGGAACAGAUUCAUUUUAUUGCUAAGAUAGAUUGUUGUACAAGGCAUCGCCAUAGGAACUUAAAUUCUUCAACCAGUUGUGAGAGAAGUUUGCUAAUUCUUUCAAAUUGUAAACAGGACAAUCACUUUCCUAUGCAAACUCGAGAUUUAUUUUGUAUUUGAUUUGUCUUGUAAUAAAAAUUGCAUACUAUAUUUA